UUCCCUGCCAGGGGCUAAAUCUGGGAUCUGGCUGUUGUGUGCGUGCUGGCCCUGCCACUCGACCUCCAGCACCUGGCAGGAAGGCCCCUUUCUUUCCUGACCAGCAGGGACCGGCCGCCAUGUCCCACCGAAAGUUCUCUGCCCCUCGGCAUGGACAUCUGGGUUUCCUGCCCCACAAGAGGAGCCACCGGCACCGGGGCAAGGUGAAGACAUGGCCUCGGGAUGACCCCAGCCGGCCUGUGCACCUCACAGCUUUCCUGGGUUACAAGGCCGGCAUGACACACACUCUGCGAGAGGUGCACCGGCCAGGGCUCAAAAUUUCCAAGCGGGAGGAGGUGGAGGCCGUGACGAUUGUGGAGACACCACCUCUGGUGGUGGUGGGUGUCGUUGGCUACGUGGCCACCCCUCGAGGCCUUCGGAGCUUCAAGACCAUCUUUGCAGAGCACCUCAGCGAUGAGUGCCGCCGGCGCUUCUACAAGGACUGGCAGAGGCACAGCUCAGCCCUGGCCCCCCAUGGGCCCUGGAGUCAGAGCAGGCUGUGUGACCGCAGGCACAAGAGCAAGAAGAAAGCCUUUACCAAGGCCUGUAAGAGGUGGCGCGAUGCCGAUGGCAAAAAGCAGCUUCAGAAAGACUUUGCCGCCAUGAAGAAGUACUGCAAGGUCAUUCGGGUCAUCGUCCACACCCAGAUGAAGUUGCUGCCCUUCCGGCAGAAGAAGGCCCACAUCAUGGAGAUCCAGCUGAACGGUGGCACAGUGGCUGAGAAGGUGGCCUGGGCCCAGGCACGGCUGGAGAAGCAGGUGCCGGUGCACAGCGUGUUCAGUCAGAGUGAGGUCAUUGAUGUCAUUGCUGUCACCAAGGGCCGUGGCAUCAAAGGGGUCACGAGCCGCUGGCACACCAAGAAGCUGCCUCGGAAGACCCACAAGGGGCUUCGAAAGGUGGCCUGCAUUGGCGCCUGGCACCCUGCACGAGUGGGCUGCUCCAUUGCCCGGGCCGGGCAGAAAGGCUACCACCACCGCACGGAGCUCAAUAAGAAGAUCUACCGCAUUGGCCGGGGUCUGCACAUGGAGGAUGGGAAGCUGGUUAAGAAUAACGCGUCCACCAGCUACGACAUGACUGACAAGACCAUCACACCGCUGGGUGGCUUCCCUCACUAUGGAGAAGUCAACAACGACUUUGUCAUGCUGAAGGGUUGCAUCGCGGGAACCAAGAAGCGGGUCAUCACACUGAGGAAGUCCCUCCUGGUGCACCACAGCCGCCGGGACCUGGAGAACAUUGAACUCAAGUUCAUCGACACCACCUCCAAGUUUGGACAUGGCCGCUUCCAGACAGCCCAAGAGAAGAGGGCCUUCAUGGGUCCCCAGAAAAAGCACCUUGAGAAAGAAAAGCCGGAGACCUCGGGAGACUUGUAGGCGGUUUGGGAUGGAAGGAACCUAAAAGAAGCGCGUGCGACCCCUGCCUGUCCCCUUUGUCUAAUAAAGGCUGGAGGCAACUCUU